AUGAAGAUUGUGUUCUAUGCCAUAGGAUCCCGUGGAGAUGUACAACCAUCUUGUGUUCUUGUGACCGAGGAAAGAUUGAAAUAUUUGGUAGACCAAUUUGAAGGAUUGGAAUUUUGGCCGGUUCAAGGUGAUGGCUGCAAACCACUAUUUGAUUGUCAAAUGCAGUCGAUGCUCAACGAUGAUGUGAACCGUAACCUGGAAUAUGUAUAUAACGAACGCAAGAUACUGGAUCUAUGCACACCGGGAAGACUACAAACAUUCUACGAUGCAUCGACCGAUGUCGAUAUGAUCGUUCCAUCGGCACUCACAAUUACCGAAGCUGUAUGCGUUAUGUCUUUUACUAAAUAUAAUGUAAUUGAAGUUGAAAGAGUUGAAAAAUGGAGAGCAAAUGAAUUAAAACUUGGCACUUUGAAAGAUCCAUUUAGGUUCAUGUCUGAACAAAAUCAAAAUGUGAUACUUGCCUUUUCAGAGAGACUGUUGCCCGGUGACAAGGUGCCAAGUGACUACUUUAGCAAAUGGCAUCUGACAGGCUUUUUGUUCCCCAAGCCCAACGUGUUCAAGGUGCCCGACAAGAUCCUGAGGUUCCUAGACAAUGGCAAGAAGCAGCCGAUUGUGUUUAGUCUGGGGAGCAUGCCCACGCCAAACCCACUCAACAUCUACACGACACUCAGAUCGGUGGUGCGCAAGUUGUCGACGCAAGUCAUCAUCAUCAAGGGCUGGACAGUGUUUGACGACAUGCAAGACGACGAAUCAUGUAUAUUUGUAGAUGCCAUCGACCACAAUUGGCUAUUCAAGCAAUGUAGUUGCAUCAUCCACCACGGAGGUGUAGGAACGACUGCUGCCGCCUGGAAAUCGGGUACACCAAGUCUGGUGACAUGGAUGUACUUUGACCAACCAUUCUGGGGCAAACGAACCACUGAAAUCGGGUGUGGCAAGUCUCUUCGUCUCCAAUCAAUCAACGAAACCAACCUUUACAACUCUUUGAAGGAGAUCCUUCAGAAUCCAUCCUACAAGGCUAGAGCUAUGGAGGUGGCUCAUGAAACCAACAAAACCGAUGGUGCUGCUCAAGCUGCAAACAUUAUCGAACAAUCUUUUCAACAAUAUCAACAACAUCAACAUUUACAAUCUGAUUGUUCAACUACCUCUAAAAUGAAUGAUGAUAAUAAUAUUAAUAAUAAUAAUAUGCAUCUACUUGUUGGUGAUAGUAAUAUAAAUAAUAAUACACUUCAAUUGAGUAAAUCUGUAACAACUUUAAUAUCAUCAUCUCCGGUUGAUUCUCCAACCUAA